AUGAAGGACCGUGAUUCUCUUUCCCUCCUGCACUACCCUGGUUCAGGCAAGACUAGCCCUCAGUUCCCAUCUGCUGCCAUCCACCCAAACUCUCCUGUGUUAGGGAAGUCCCAGCCUUUCUGCCUACAGUCUGGCCAGCACCUCAUAGCCUCCAUGCAGCUCCAGAAGCUCAACAGCCACUAUCAGAACCUGACUGUAUCCUCUACAGCUACCAAUGGACCCAGCCGAGGGUAUGCAAGCACCGUGCUGGGCCCAGGACAGAUUACAACCCCUGGGGCAGCACAGGCACCAGGGAUCAUUGAUUCUGAUCCAGUCGAUGAAGAAGUUCUGAUGUCGCUGGUGGUGGAGCUGGGUUUGGACCGUGCCAAUGAACUUCCAGAGCUAUGGUUGGGUCAGAAUGAGUUCGAUUUCAUCGCAGAUGUACCGGCAGGCUGCUGA